UUGUACCGUGUCGAACCAGUCUAAGCCCGUGCGAGUCCACCGGUUUGAUACCUUCUCAACUCUGUCCUAAAAUUUGUUUGACCUCUCUCUCUCUCUCUCUCUCUCUCUCUCCGCAUAACCAGGAGUUGCAGAUCCCCCAAACCAAAUCCUCAUGGAGAACAAUCAAUCUGAUCCAGAAGACGUAUCAUCAGCAAAAGCAGUCUUACUUGGAGCCCUAGCACCUGGUGUUAACGGUCCGACUUGGAAUACCCUGAAAGUUGCGUUCUUGAUGUUGGGUCUGUGUCUAGCAGCUAUGCUUGGAUUGGCAUUUUCUUCCAGUGAUACUGGUUUGAUACUUCAUGUCACAUUGCUUGUUCUAAUUACUGGGACUCUCUUCAUUCUUCUCACCAGGUUUCUUGCAGAGACUGGCCUGGUUUCUGUUGAACAUCAGAUGCAGGAAAUGGGUUUGGCCCCAAAAGACUCGGCCGUGAUCGAUAAAAAGAGCAGUUGAAGAUCCGGAAAUGUAAACAGUAAUACAGAUGGCGAUGAAAAGAGGCCCAGUUACAGCAUCCUAAAAUUAGAUGAUGGUUAUGGUCCGCGGUCGGCAUGUCCCAUAACAGAAAUCAAGAAACAAUUCGAAGCGAUUUGCAGAUCAUUGCAUUUCCUCCGAUCUCCACAAUAGGUUCUUCAUCAGAGCAGCUGAGCAGUAACAUCUUUCGAGCACUCUUUUGCUUACUUCUCCUCCGGUUUGCCAUUUUUGGGCUUACUGAAGCAGAAACAAGAGUAGGUUGGAACAUAAACAAUCAUGGGCAUGAUUCACCGAAUGCUGUAUAUUGUUUCUCGAGUGCUCUUUUAAGGGGUGAGGGGGAAGAGGCGAGAGUUGAACUCCCAACCUCAAGAGGCAGGCCGGGGCUACGAGAAGCUUUUUUUUCCCUGUUCGUUUUCCCUGUUCGUUUUUCCUAUAUGUGUUCUUACUCUCAGGAUUCCAUUCAUCCUGACCCUUACAGAUAGAAGAUGCUCAACUUAUUUAUCCAGCCCAUGUCCUCAA